AUGUUUUUAACUAUUAUAGGACAUAAUGAGCGCUAUGCCGUUAUUAAGAGAAGAUUUCAGCAUUCUUCGCAAACGGUGCACAAGUAUUUUCAUGAGGUUCUUGAGGCAAUGAUGAAAUUUGCCAAAGAGAUGAUGACACUUACAACAUUUGAUUCGAAUAUGGAUAUUCUUGGUGCUCAUAAUAAGAGAGGAAGAGGAAAAGGUAAAUGCUAUCAGAAUGUUCUAUGUGACUUUAAUAUGGUCUUCACUUAUGUUUAUGCUGGAUUGGAAGGGGUAGCACAUAAUGCACGAGUUCUAACAAAAGUUGUAUCUAAUCCAGAUAAUGGCUUUCCAUUUCCUCCAUCUAAUAAAUAUUAUCUAUGUGAUGUGGCAUAUUCAAAUACUGGAGGAUUUCUAGCAUCGUAUCGUAAUGUUAGAUAUUGGCUAGGAUACUAUUGCCAUAGGCGUGCCAUAACUAAGGAGGAAAAGUUUAAUCAUGCCUAUGCACAACUUAGAAAUGUUAUCAAACGCUCGUAUGGAGUACUGAAAGCAAGAUUUCCUCUAUUGAACAAAAUGGCUCCAUAUCCUAUCAAUAUCCAAAGAGAUGUUGUUAUUGCAUGUUUUGCAGUUAAUAAUUUUAUUAGAAAGGAACGCAUCAAUGAUGAAUUGUUUAAUCAAUUUGAUACAUCUCAAGUAAUAUUUGAUGAAGAAGAACAACAAGAAAAAACAUUUGAGGAAACAAACGGACCUAGCUGGACAGUUGAAGAUUCUCAGAUAAUGCACAGUAUGCGUGAGGAACUUGCAUUCAAGUUAAUGCAUUGA